ACUUCGGCCCAUCGUGGCGCGACGGCAUAGCCUUCCUCGCCAUCAUUGACGCAAUAAAAGCAAAUCUCAUCAACUUAGCUGAAAUGAAGAGGAAGACAAACAGACAGCGUCUAGAACAUGCCUUCGACGUGGCCGAGAGCGAGCUCGGAAUCGCCAGGCUUUUGGAUGCCGAGGAUGUUGAUGUGGACAAGCCAGAUGAAAGGUCCAUCAUGACCUACGUAGCACAGUUCCUUCAUAAAUACCCAGAGCCCAAGACAACAGGCCCAGACGCCGUCGCAGCAGUGCAAGAGGAAUACGAAUCACUUCGCAUGUGGUUAACAGAACGUGUCACUAUCAUCCAACGGCAGUAUGACACCAGGACUCUCUCGAGAAACUACGAAGAUUAUGUGCGCGCCGAAAACGACCGCCUCUCCAGAGAACCCAUCUACCAGAAACUUGAAAAACUCAUGUACACACAAAGCUUAGUCGCCAUCGCACCAAAAUCCUGGCGAGAACUUGUCUCUCUAUGGAUCGACCUGGAGAGAUUGCACAGACGAUGGCUUUGGCUACUAGACACAGAUCUACCCGGAGAGUUUUGUAUGGUGGGUGAGUGGCUGGCGAGAGCCGAGUAUUUACUCUACUUUGACGAAAUACCCACAGCAUUAGAUGACAGAACCGCCGCUAUUAUCAGUGAAAAGCUGGAAGAGCACAGUCAGUUUUUCGCUGAUCUACCAGAAGUGAUCGCGAGAUUCGAAUCGGCCCUGAGAUCUCCCGACGCUGCUAGAAUACCCCCAGAAAGAUUACAAGAUAUGAAAGACCGUUUGGACACAGUCCAGCGCAGGGCACCACAGAGAAAAGCCAGGUUAAAAUACCUCGAACACAAGUGUUGUAUCGUGGCUUUCACCGAGUUGACCAAAGCCAAGUUGGCCAUUUGGACGGGAAAGUACGGCCGCGUCGAUCACGUUCGUGCCUUAUUAGAAGAUUAUGAUAAUUUUGUUACGAAAAAUAAAAUUUUCCAGGAAUUUGAUAAAGCGUAUGUUGAUAUUAAACAAGUAGCAGAGGAAUAUAAGAGAGUAUGUAAAGUAGAUAGGACUGAAGCUAGAGAAAUUGAUGCCUUCUUGAGAGACGUUGCAGAGAACUGGAGGAGAGUGGCAUCUGACGUCAGAUGUGCUCGAAGUGUAUUAGAGGAAGUUAUUGCUCAUUGGGAAAGAUGGACGUCGUUGGCAGAUCAGUUCACGAGUUGGUUGGACAAAGCCCAGCAUAUGUUAAGGGUUUCGGAAGACGAGAGAUUAGAGUUUUUCCAGGAUUUAACUGUUUGGAAAGAGAAACAUCAACUGUUAGGUGAUGCAGCCGGAUUUCUGGCAGCGACCUGCUCAGAAGAAAUUACUUCUGAGAUAAAAAGAAAGUAUGUGGAAAUUACUGAGCGCUGGAAACGUGUUUGGGAAGAAGCAGAAUGUUACGUACGCGGAGGCGACGCACUCCGCCACCGCAGGGAGUUGGCUCAGGGGAUCCAGAACCUUGACUCCUGGUUGAUUGGCGCUGAGAACUUGUUGUCACGCCAACCACGAGCCAACACAACAGACAUACAGACAUACAUCGACCAAUUGCUGCAGCUCAAUCUUGAGAUUGAACAGCAUGAGGAACUAUUCAAAUCUAUAAGCAGAACUUUCCAAAACGCAAUCGCUGAGUUACCGCGCGACGAUGUGGAGAACAACAUGAAGAAACUGAAAGAACAGAAGGAAGCCCUGGUGCGGGUGAGGGCGACCGUGCCGGUGAAGCUGCAUCAGUACAGGCAACUGUUGGUGCAGCACGAGUCUUUGGAGAGUGGACAAAAGGAGAUCGGUCAGUGGUUAGACAGGGCUGAAGAGUCUUUGAGGACAACCACUGAAACUAGACGCGAAAUAAUAGAAGAACGCUACGAGGUCCACCGCAGCUUCUUCUCGAGAACAACGUACUACCGCUCCAUGCUGGAGAGCAAGAACAAGGUGUUCCAGAACAUCGUCAACUCGGCUGACGCGGACAAGAGUGCUGACGUCACAGAACAAGUCAGACUGAUGAGAGACCUAAAUGAACGAUUUGCGCACGUAUCAUCGGAAGCAACUCGCAAAGAAGCCGAGUUACAACGCCUCGUCCGAGCUUGGGAUGAAUUUGAGACCAAGAAGCGAGCCGUGGAGGAAUGGGCCUCGCGGGCCGAGGCCUUGCUAGCUGACAACAGGGUAGACUCCAAGCAGGCUGUCGACUUCCACAAGAGAUUCUUCCAAGGAGCUGAUGAGAGAGCCGUAUCGGAACUCGUCCGUUCAGGAAGGGAACUUAUUGAGUUGGUCAGCGAAGAAGACAGACCGCGCGUUGUGCAAACUGUCGAGGAUCUGCAGCGAAGAUGGAAGGAGCUCCUCGACCGAGCGCCGCCUCACCUUAUGCGGCUGGAGUUCAAACUGGACGAGGCCGUCUUCCAUCACUGCAUCAAGGAUAUUGAGAAGGAGAUUGUCUAUGAAGAGCAGGCUUACAAUCAAAGCGACGACGCUGACGGUAUUCUAAUACGAAACGAAGAAUACUUCCGGCACCAAGGCAAGAUUAUGCAUGUAGAGCAAUGUCUGCAAAACUUAAAGAAAAUCUCACAGAGCUACACCCACCAGACCGGAGACAAGACCUUAGAGGAAGCUUUGAGGAGAUGCGAACAGGAAUGGGAAUCAACGGUACAUAGAGUUGAACAUUUCAGGCAGCAAUUACAACGAAUACCCGCCAAAUGGGACGCAUACAGGCAAAAAUUCAGGGAGAUGGAAAAAUGGAUGGAUCACGUGGAUAAGACAAUGGAUAGUAUUGUGAGAGAAGUAGAUUCAGCAGAGGCAUUCGAAAAGGAAAAGACUAUCUUCCAGAACAUUUGUCGUGAGGCCGACCGAAAACGAGAAGAUAUGAAAUGGCUUGUUCAAACCUUAGACAUGCUUUCUAAUCAUUGUUCUGAUACUGAAGCACAGGAGGAACAAGUACGAUUAGAAAAUCUUAUCACAAGAUACAAAAACCUUAUUCCAACUAUUGAAAUAACUAUGAUCAAGACAGAAACCUACACAAGAUGUUACACAUAUCGCCGAGAAGUACAUGAAGUUAUUUGUAUACUAGAAAGUGCAAAAGAACAAGCAAAAGCUGAACCAGACCUACAGUCACUACAACAUGUUGAACAACUUGUACUGGAACAGCAAGCUGCCGUACAAAAGCUAGAUAGACAACGUCCAUCAGUUAUGUCAAUGUUGCAUAGAGGUAAAGAACUUAUAAAAGAUGCAAACGCUCCUGCGUUUGUUAGAGAAGAUGUCAGAAACCUUGAAACUGGGUGGAAUACUGCCUAUGAAACGAACACAGAGCGUCUUCAUAAACUUCGUGACACCCAAAAGGUAUGGUCAAACUAUGAAUACCAAAAAGAGGAUUUGCUUUCUGAUAUCAACAGCAUAGAAAGCUAUGUUGCUCACCCAGGAUUAGAACUUGGCGUAACUAAUAUCAGUCGAGAACUUCAAGAAACAAAAGCUGUGAACAUAGACUUAGAACGAGCAAAGGCUGAAAAACUACCACAGCUGCAAAAAACAUAUGCAGAAUUACAAGCCUUAACUUCCAGUAAACCCAAACCUGUUAUAGAAAAAGAUUUAGAAACUAUAGAGCGAAAGUUAAUAAGAGUUCAAGAUGAAGUACAAACUAAAGUGGAGCAUUUAGAAAACUUUAACGAAGAAUGGGUUAAAAUUGAGCGGAAGCUAGAACACGUUCGAGAAUGGAUAAAAAAAGAAAGCCCUGCAUUAAUAUCUCAGAUCCGUUCUGAAAAUAUUACACCGGAGGAACGGGUUGAGAAAUCUCAAGCGCUACAAAAAGUGAUUGCCGAAAAGUUGGAUAUUGUGAGAAAUGUUGCCGAUCAAGGCACUAAACUAGCCAUUGAACAUCGCGUACAAGAUGCUAAUAGACUAAAAGGAGAAGUAACUUUGUUAGAAAAAAUGAUGGCAGAUCUGCAACGGUCAAUGGAACAUCAAACAAAGGUUGUUGAACAUGAUUUAGCAAGUUGGCAAAAGUAUCAAAAAGGUGUUGCUGAAAUUAAACCAUGGAUAGAAGAAAUAGAGUUAAAAUUAAAUAGUGUUCCCAAACCGACAACUCUUCCCGAAGCCCAACAAUUGCAACAACAAUCCAAAGCUUUAAUUGCUGACUGUGACAAACAACUCACAAAUUUACAGAUUUUGUCAAGUGUCAGUCAUCAGUUAUCUGGAAAGACUAGUGCUCCAGAUGAGGUAGAUGCUAUACAUUCCAGGUGGGCAGUUGUACACGAUUUGGCUGAUCAGUGGAAUACUAAAUUAGAAAAACUAGUUAAUAACUGGGAGAAUUUCGAGAGAGAGAGUCAGAAACUUGAAACGUGGGUGGAAAGUGGAGAAAAACUUCUCAACACUCGUAGCAUCAAUGUGGAAACACCUCAAGUAGAAAAGCUUGACCGAGAACUUAAUAAAUUGAAAUCUUUUGGUAACGAAAUUUCACAGCAACAAGCUAAAAUAAUAAGCCUCUCACAGAUUUGUGAUAACAUAUGUCAUAGUGUUCAACCUGAAGGGGCAAACGUAUUGAAAAGUAAAGUAGCGGAUAUCAAGGAGCGUACAAACGCAUUAGCUGAAACAGCAAGAGGUAGGGUUAAUGAACUGUCUGAUAAAAUUAUUAUUAAACAGGAGUUCCUUACUAAACUGCACAAUUUUGACAACUGGAUAACAGAUUUUCGAAGAAAGACUGAAAGUUAUGACCAAAUAAGUUCCGAUAAAGUAGAGCCCGCUCUUCAGUCUAUGCAUGUACUACUUCAAGAACACGCAGCUAAGGCCCCUGAAUUUACUGAUAUAUAUAACGAGGUGAAAACAAUGACGUUAGCAUCUCAUCCUGAAGAGACAAAAUCCCUUGGUGACACUUAUUCAAAUAUUGCACAACAUUAUCAGAUAAUUGAAUCAAAUAUUCAGCAAAAUAAAGGAGUACUUCAAAAAUGGUCAGAUCUUUUGAAUUGGUAUGAAGAUAACAAGCAACAACUCAAUCACAUUCAAUACCAAAUCGAGGGUCCAAAAUUGACACCUGAAAGUUAUGAGGUUCUUCGUCAAGAACUAGUAAACAUUGUAACUAAAAUACCUGAAUGGAAAAGCAAUACUGCUUUGCUAGAUGGUCCUUCAAGAGUAAGAGUAACCGACCAAAAUACAGGAAGAAUUAUACCCCCUAACAGUUUAGUUAAAGAAAUAGAAAUGAAAGCGGACGCUUUGCUAAAUAUUGUGACUUCUAAAAGGGAUUUGGUACAAAAAGUUGGCGCUCGAUGGGAUAAAUUUACACAGCAAAACAACAUGCUGGUUCAAGUCUUACAAAAUGUUCAAACUGUACUGAAUGAAAUGGCUCAAAAACCUUUACCAUUGACGGAGAAUACUAUUCAAGAGAUGACAGAUAAAUUAGACAAUCUUGACAUAGAGUUGAAGGAAAAACAGUCAGUUCGAAAAGAUUUGAGAGAAGAAGGUUUACAUUUAAUGAGAGAAGACCAACCAAAUAUGGGUACUAUUCAAAAUGCUUUGUCGGCUGCAGAUAAUAGUUGGGACCAAGUAGUGAACUCUGUUCGUGAUACGAAAAAUAAAUAUAUUCUUCUUUCAUCGACUUUGCAGGAACUUAAAAACUUUACCAUCGCGUUUGACAGAGAAAUGAAUAGAGCCGAGCAACUAAGUAAUGAAUGCAAAGAUGCACCAAACGAUUAUAUGCAAACUGCUCAAUUUUUAGAUAAAGCUAAGAAAUCAUAUGAAAUUUUAAAGCGCUCAAAAAGUUUGCUAGAUCAAAUGGACGUUAUUAAACAAUCCGUCUUAAAACAAGCUUCUACAUUAGGUGGAUUUGAUACAAGUCCUUUAGAGAAUGCAUUCUUGAAUUCCCAAACACAAUGGGAAAAAGUAAAUGAUGCAAUAAUAAAGAGAAUACAGGAUUUAGAAUCUCAACUUAUAGUCUGGCGGCAAAUUGACGACACUAAAAAUCAAGUUGUUAGUUGGUUAAGUGAAACAGGUCAAAACUUAGCAAAUGCAUGUGAUAAUUUAGAAAUUAGAUUUGGUCAAAACCACCUUAUGAAAUACAAAGAAGAACUACCACUUUAUAUGGGCCUUAAAAACAGUAUUAAAGCUAAAUGUGAACAAAUUACGAACUUGAAUAAAAAUAUUCCAAUAGGACAAGUAUCCUCCAUUAUUGAAUACUUAGACAACGAAUUCGAUGCAUUGCAAACAUUAGCCGAUAAUUUGGAAAGUGCCGUAUCAUCUCUAGAAUCAAAGGAAAAUAAGUUAAAAGACAACAUUAAACGUCUUUCUGAUAACAUUAGUAAAAUACGGGAUGAUAUUAUUAAAUGCGAUGAUAUGUCAGGUGACAAUGCAAAAAUAUUAGAUCGUUUGAAAAAAUGCCAAAUUUGUAAAGUAGAACUCCAGAAUCUAAAUGAUGAGAUUGAUAAUCUCACUCAAGAUGUAUCUGAAAUGAACGCAAACUACCCAGGGUUCUAUGAAUCUUUAGUUCCAAAAGAAUUGAGUACGUUACAAAAACGAUUUGAAAGUGUUUUAAUUCACGCAAAUAAAACUGAAACCACUUUACUUACAUUCCUGCAAAAACUAUUCACAGAUAAGUUGAGUAUGUUUAACAGAAAUUUAAAAAUAUUGGAUGAUAAAACCAGAUGGUGUAUGCCUGAUGUCAAUAGUGAUAAAUAUAAUUUGGAAGUCAAAAGUGCUUCUUUAGCUGAUGUCGAAAAUGGCAUAGUUGACUGUAAGAACAAAAUUGUCGAGCUAAAAGAAGCCUGUGAAAUAUUACGUGCAGUGGCGGAACCAGCUUCGGCUCAAGAAGCCGUCGCUCAAACUGAAAAAGCUGGAAAAAAUUUGGAUGUGCUCACUUCUAACUUUGAAGAGAUUAAAAAUCGGUUACAGGAAAAUAUUGAAGCAUGGCAGGAAUACGAGACACUGUUAGAAAAUGUUUCACUUUGGCUUAAAGAAAAAGAAAACCGUGUUAGGGAAGAAGCGGGAAGUCUUUUGGAUAUCAAUGAAAUUGACAGUAAAAUUCAACAACUCGAAAACCUUAACGAGGAAGUGAAAGAUUAUGGAAGUGAAGUAAGCAAACUUGCUGACAUAGGUGAAAAGGUUUUAUCUCGUAAUCCAGAUUCACGUGUUUCUCAGUUUAUUAACCAUUUAGAAGCGAGAUAUCAAACUGUUACAAAAUUUGUUGAUCACCAAUUGAACAGACUUAAAGAUUUGAAAAACAAUAAAGGUAAAUAUGAUAAAUCAAUCACAGAAUUUAAGGAUUGGCUUAAGAAUGCGAAUGCUAAAAUUGCUGAGAUAGCAGCAAUGAGUAAACAUGCAAAACCCUCAGCUGCUGAUUUAGAACAAGUAAAAAAAUUGAACGAAAAUAAAGAGUUAGGUCAGAAAUUGCUUAACAAUGCCAUUGAGUCUGGAGAAGCUUUGUUUAGUGGUGUUAAUCCUGAAGGGCGUGAACAAAUACGAAAUGAAUUAAGAUCAUUAAGAGAUUCAUUUGAGAAUUCAGUAGACUCUUUAAAUAAUGUAAUUAAAGAUAUUGAAACUACAAUUAAUAAGCGAUCAUCCUUUGAUGAUACUUUUAAUCAAGUGCAAAAAUGGAUUAAAGACAAAGAACUUGAGUUAGGAGAUUUUAAAUUAUCACCUACACUUUCUGAAAAGAAAGGAAACCUUCACGCUAGUAAAAUUUUACUCCAAGAAGUUGAAUUACAUCAAUCAAUGUUAUCGCAGCUAACCGAGAAAUUAAAACUUAUGCCAGAUGAAGAAGCAGAAAAGAAUCUUAACAAAAUUUUCGAGAAAUAUAAAAACAUCUCAAGUGAACUUGUCAAAAGGAUCUCAGCAUAUGAAUCUCACGUUCACGACCAUGAGAAAUACAUUCAGGGAUUUGAAGAUAUUCGAGAUCGUCUGAAUCAUGUUCUUGCUGACAACAGUUUAGUCAGUUAUGUCGUUAUCUCUCAAAAAGAAGACGUAGAUUCUAAAAUUAUUGCAAUUGAAAAGGUUAUAUCCAAAUCUCAAGAAAUUGAUAAUGGACUAGAAGGCCUAAAAAAGCAACUACACCAUGUUUUGGAAACUACAAGCCCUAAUGGGCAUCCCGUACUUAUAAGUGAGUUUGAACAAUUAAAAAUGACUUGGGACCAGUUUACGAAGCAAUGCAAAGAACAUGAUAAAAAACUAAAGGACACUUUAAAACAAUGGAAUGAAAGCCAAAAAACUUUAGAUGAACUUGAUGAAUGGUUAAAAAUAAAGGAAAACCAACUAAGAGAUCAAAGUCUUAAAAAUAACCUAGAGGCUAAAGUAGCCCACCUACAAAAAGUAAAGGAAAUACAAAGCGAGCUAGCUUCAAAAGCUGCUGACUUUGCUUCACUAACUGAUAAACAAAACGUUAGUGGUGAUUCGGAACUCACUUCCAGAACCUCAAAAUUAGCCACACGGUAUCACACAUUAAACAACCUCGUUAAUGAGAUAAUAUCUAAAUAUGAAGUCUUCGUAUCAGAACACCAAGAAUUUGAAAAUGAAUACGAUUCAAUGGAAAAAUGGCUAAUGGGGAUGCUAGGUGAUCUUCAAGACUUAAAUGAAAUUGUGGGUGAUUAUGCUGUUUUACAAGAAAAGCAAAAUAAAGCAAAGGAACUAUAUGAAACUAGAAACAAAAAGACACCUGCGUUUGAGGAGUUCUUAAGUUUAGGUGAAAAACUUUACUCUCAUACUAGCCCUGAUGGCAGAGAAAUAAUACGUCAGAAAAUAAGGAAAAUUAGGACAUUGUGGGACAGCUUUGGUGACAGCUUCCAAGAAACAGUUAAUAAGCUAGAUCAAUGUCUUCUUCAAUUUUCUGAUUUUUCUUUGGCUCAGGAGCAACUGACAAAAUGGUUAAAAGACGUCGAGAGGGCAAUGCAACGACACACUGAAUUAAAAGCUUCGCUUGAAGAAAAGAAAGCACAACUACAGAAUCAUAAAAUUAUGCACCAGGAAAUAAUGACACAUCAACAGUUAGUUGAAUCAGUUUGUGAUAAAGCACAACAACUUGUAGAUCAAACUCAUGAUGCCUCUUUAAAUGUUUAUUUGCAAUCUAUCAAACAGUUGUUCCAAAAUAUUGUUACGAAGUCUCAAAAUUUACAAGAUAAUUUAGAAGAUUGUGUGAAAAGACACGAAGACAUGGUACGUUUUAUUCAGCAGUUUAAAGAUUGGCUUGGAUCACAGUCAGAAAAGUUACUUGAUAUUGAAAAUGCUGUGGGCGAAAAACCUGAAAUCACAAGAAAACUUCAAUCUGCUCUUGCUUUGAAAGAUAUUGAAAAAAUAGGUUCCAAUAAAUUAGAUGAAAUAAGAUCAUUAUUUUCUGCUGUUAGUAAAAGUACAUCAGAAAAUGGAAAUACAGCCAUAAAAGCAGAAAUUGACAAUUUACAUCAACAACUGCGAAAGGCAGUUGAUAGUAUAGGAAUAGCAGAGCAGAAGUUAAAACAUACUCUCGAUAUUUGGAAUAAAUUUGACUCGUCUAUAGAAUCAAUAUCCGAAUGGCUAAAAGAUAUGGAAACAAAAUGUCGCGAUCAAACGCUUUGCUCCACAUUAGCAGAAAAAGAAGCACAGUUGCAGAGAUAUGUGAAUCUUCGUAAUGAAAUUCAUGCUAAAGAAAAGGAAAUAGAUGCAUUUGUUGAUGAAUCUCAUAGUCUUAUAUUACUGAGUGGCGUAGAGAGAUUGAAACCUCUUGUUACCCAAGUAAGCAGUCGUUACCAGCAACUUCACUUAAUAUCUAAGGAUAUAGUUAAUCAUUGGUCAGAAUUGGUUGCUGACCAUAAAAAAUAUGUUCAGCUAAGAAUUGAAUUUGAUGCAUGGCUUAAACCCUUAGAGGAACAGUUGUCACAUAUGAUAACAAAAGAAGAUAAAAUAAGCAUUGAAAGUAAAGGCAAUAAGUUGCAAGUAUUUCUAUUAGAGAGAGAAAAUGGUGAACAUAAAGUGGGCAUACUUACCACAGCAGGUGAUAAAGUUCUACCAGAAACGGCAGCUAAUGGAAGAGAAAAUAUUCGAUCAGAGAUAAGAGAACUAAGAGAAAGAUGGGAUAGACUAAAUGAUAGCAUUCUACAACAGCAAAAAGAAUUUGAAUCUCAGACAUUACAGUGGUCGAGCUAUCAGGAUGUGUUACAACAGACCCUGUCUUGGUUAGAUGAAAAAGAGAAAAUUAUUGAAACCGAGGAAAAGGUCGUACUGAAUUCAGCCCAAGAGUUAAAAUCCAGGAUGCUUAAAAAUAAGACGUUGUUGCAAGAAAUUUGUUCUCAUAAAAGAGUUAUCGAAACAGUCACUGAAAAAGCUAAAAGUGUUGCGGCUAGUAUAGCUUCCAGUAAAGAUGAUAGUGAUAAAAUGACAUCGAUAAUUCAAUCCAUUUGGGAUAGAUAUAAUGCUUUAACAAAUAAAUUAUCAGUGGUUAUAGAUAAACAUGAAAGUGCAUUUGAAGUUUACCAACAAUUUAAUGAUCAACAAAAAUCUCUUCAAGACUAUCAAAAACAUCUGUGGGAUCGUUUGCAUUCACUAUCAGAUUUCACAGGAAAUAAAGCAGCUUUGCAAAGCAAAUUGGCAAAAAUACAAGAACUUUUAGACGCCGUCCCUACAGGCAAUAACAAGCUUAAAAUAUUACAAGAUCUUAUACAAAAUAACGGAGCAAAAUUAUCUCCUCGUGGAAAAGAAGCUAUGUCACGUGAAUUAGCUUUGUUAAAAGCAGACUUAGAAAAAUUCACAGCUACAGUACAUGAUGUCAAAAGAGGUAUUGAGGAAAAAAUACAACAAUGGAUUGAAUUUGACAGUGCUAAUGAUCGAUUGCAACAUUGGUUAAGUGAUACAGAAAUGAGUUUGAAAACCUACACUCCUAAAGCAACUUAUGAAGAAAAGAUUGACCAACUUAAUAAAUAUCAGGCAAUUUUAGCUAACUUAAAGAAGACUGAGAAUGAUGUUGAUAAAUUAACCGAUGAGUUUAGCGAUCUCAUUGAGAACUGUAACGAUACUAGAAUAAGCAUGAACUUGCAACAGUUGACAUCGCGCUUCCAAUCCGUACAUUCCACUGCUAAAGAGUUAGUCAAAAAAUGUCAGCAAGCUGUGAACGACCAUAAUGCUUACCAAGAAAAAUAUAACCAGUGCAUUGAUUGGAUAAAAACAGCUCAGCACAAAUUUGAUGAAUGCGAAAAAAGUGCAACCAGUACGCCUGAAGGAAUUAAUAGUAAACGCGAAGGUUUAAACGAUUUACUUAGUCAACGACGCAAUGCAACUCUCCUUGUGAAUAACACCUUUGAAUUGGGUGAAAAGCUCUAUCCUUCAACUUCACCCGAGGGUAAGGAUCUGAUUGAACAACAACUUCAUGAUAUGCAGCAGGCUGUCGAAAAUUUGUAUGACAAUAUUACGAAAGCUGAACGAGACUUGGAUUCCGAGCUAAACAAAUGGUCUUCCUUUGACGAAAAUCUUAAAGCUGUCAGUGAAUGGUUGACAUUAUCGGAGAAAAAUCUUCCAAAAGAACUCGUAUUAAAAGCAACUUUAGAUGAGAAACGAAACCAACUGAGUGUAUAUAGAAACUACUUACAAGAUGCAGUAGCCCAUCAACAAGAUAUAUCUGACUUAGAAGUUAGAGCUCAAACUUUACCCGAUAUUAACAAAAAUAUUUCAAAAGAAUUGAAUCAACUGAGGCAGAGACAUAAUAAUAUUCUUUCUCGAGCAAAAUCUUUUGUAGAACAGUACGAAGCUAUCGUAAAUAAUCAUCAACAAUAUAGUAAAGCUGUCAUGGAUUUGCAAGAGUGGGUCGAAGCUACACAUAAUACCGCUCAGUUGUGGGGUGACGUUAACUUAGAAAGGGUGGCGCUAAGUAGUAAUUGUGAAAAAAUUAAAUCACUACAAAUAAGUUUACCCGAGGAAAAGAAUCGCAUAGAUAAAAUAAGAUCAUUAGGUGAAAAAGUAUUGCCUGGAACAGUGAGUCAUGGGCAAACUAAUAUACGAAAUCAAAUUGAUGCUUCCCACCAAGAGUGGGAAGGAUUAGUCUCAUUCAUAAAUAAAACAAUUGAAUCUUUGGAAAACAAAAUUCAACAAUGGAGUGAAUAUGAAAAUAUGAAAGAUCAAUGUUUGGCUUGGAUCCGAAAUACAGAUAACCUAAUACACGCUGUGGAUUUAAAAGCAACAUUGCCCGAAAAACAAGAGCAGUACAAUAAAUUCCAAGAGUUACAAGGCGAAGUUCGAGCUAAGGAACUUGAAAUCGAUAACAUUACAGAAAAAGCGCAACAGUUGUAUACUGGUGUGCUAGGUUCCCGAGGUUCUCAAAUUUCUGAUCUAACCGUGAAAUACCAAACCUUAUCACAAAAAGUUAAAGAUUUGACAAACAGAUGGCAACAGUAUGUUAAGACACACCAAGAGUUCGCCAGUAACGUUGCUGAAUGUUCACAAUGGAUAGAAGAAUUGAGAGAUAAACUGGACUUCUGUUCAGACUUAAGUUCAUGUUCGCAAGAUGAUUUAGAAACAAAGUUAGUUCUCAUUCAAAAUUUGUUACUCACUAAAGAUGAAGGCUUCACUAAAGUACAAUCUUUAGUAGAGCUUGCUCAAAACGUAAUGGCAAAUACAGCACCAGCUGGCCACGAAGCUAUUAAUAACUCUUUAGUGGCUUUACAAGAACAAUGGGCCGCUUUAUUAUCGAGAAUGAUUGAGACUAAGAAUUUAUUAGAUGAUUCAGUAACAAAAUGGGCUGGAUUCUUAGAACAAAUACAAUUAAUCCAAAAAAGUAACUCGUGGCUAGAAAGUAUGUUAUCUGAGCUGUUGCCGUUUGAAACUUCAAUGUCGGAUAAGCGUGCUCAACUUGAAAAAUUAAAAGAAGUGGAAGAAAAAGCACGUUGUGAUAGGUUGGAAGUUGAAACUUUGAAAGCAAAAGCUACAGAAAUGCUAGCCAGUGGUCAGCAAAAUCAGGCAGCCUCAGAAGCCCAAGAAACUUUAAAUAAAUUUGAUUCACUAUAUGACAAAAUCAAAAAGCUGUUGGCAGAUCGUGAAGAACAAUAUAAAGACCAUAGAUUGUAUAAGGAAGCUCACGAUGAACUUAUUCAGUGGCUAGGAAGAGCAAGAGAAAAGGUUCCAUCUUUGAAAUCAAAACCUUUGAGUGAUAAAUUAGCUAUCGAGAAUUCAGUUGCUCCACUAGAAGCAUUAAUAAACAAACAAGCACAAGGUGAAUUAUUAUUAGAACAUUUGCAACAUACGGGGCAAGUUGUACUAGCAAGUACCUCACCAGAUGGGCAAGUUAUAAUUAAAAAUGAGAUGAAAGCUCUUAAAGAAAGCUUUGACCAGUUGUUUAAUGAAAUAAAACAACAAAAGAGCCAGCUAGAAAAUACCGUUAGUCAGUGGCGAGAAUAUAAAGAUGAAUAUGAGAGGCUGUCUGACUGGUUACAACAGAAAGAAAUUCUUAUUAAAAAUCACAAGCUUGCUUUACUUGGAACUGCUAAAGAGAAGGGAGGCCAAGUAAAUGAGGUACAAGAAAUUGUUGAUCAGUUACAAAAAGGGAAGGUUGAUAUUGAUAACUUUAAUAAAUCAGCUGCUGGUCUUCUAUCUUCUCACUUGGACACUUACGUUAACAAUCAAUUAAGGCACUUGAAUUCCAGAUAUCAAGUUUUAGUUAAUAUGGCAAAUGACGUUCUUAAAAAAGUGGAAACUAAUUAUGAACAGCAUAAAAAUUAUGAUGAUAAUUAUGAAAAAACUAAGAAAUGGAUAAACGAUGCUUGGGAAACUAUUCGAAGUGGAGGCGAUACAGGUAGCAAUAGCAGCAAGGAUGCUUUACAAAAACGCUUAGAUCAAAUCGAAGAUUUGCUAAAACGUCGUGAAGAAGGUCAAAAUCUAGUGCACGCUACUGUCAACAGUGGAGAGAAAGUUUUGAGGAAUACCAGAUCUGAUGGUAAAGAUAGAAUAAAUACAGAAUUAAAAGAACUACAAAAUGAAUGGGAACGCUUAGUAAAAAAAAUGACUACAGCCAAAGUUCACCUGGAAACCGCUUUACUUCAAUGGGCAGACUAUAGUUCUAGUUACUCUCAACUACAACAAUGGAUCUCCGAUAGAGAAGCAAAACUACAAGAAGUGUGUGAACAGAAAGUAGCCAAGUCAAAGAAAGGUCAAGAUCGUCUUACUGGUCUCACUACUGGCCUAAGUCUUGGCGAAAGAAAAGCCACGCUUCGUCAAACAAACAAUAUUGUCCAAGAUAUCGUUUCGUUUGAACCCAUGAUACAGUCUGUAACUUCUAAGGCUUCUGAAUUAAUGCAACAAGCUCCGGCAUCUGAAAUUACAAGCAAAUAUGAGAGUUUAUCAAAACAAGCGAAAGAUUUGUAUGAAAAACAAAAAGGGACUGUAGAACAGCACCAAGUAUUUAUUGAUGCAGGUACAGAUUUUGUCCAAUGGAUAAGAGCUGCUAAAGAAAAAUUGGGAAAGUGCUCUGAUGCUACCGGGGAUAAAGAAUCUUUGAGCAGUAAAAUAUCGCAGCUUAAAGUUUUAGAAAGUGAGUUGCCAGAAGGGCAAGCCAAACUACAAAAAGCGCUAGAACAGGGAGAGUUAUCCUGUGCCCUUGCUGAUGACGAAGAUAAGGAAGACAUCGAAGAAGAAGUAGCGCUCAUGCAAGAAGAGUACGAUACCUAUGUAGAACAAUUGAAUACCACUAAAUCACUCAUUGAAGGCGGUAUCGUUAAAUGGACAGAAUACGAAGAGCAAUACAAAGAAGCCCUAGAUUGGUUGUCGAAGACUGAAAAACUGGUGCAAUCCUUUAACAAACUGCAGAACAGCUUAGAACAGAAGAAAGUUGUUCUUGAAGAGUUUCAGGGUCACCUUCAAACUUUAUUUGACUGGCAAGCGGAGUUAGACAAACUAAAUAUGCGUGCGCAGACUUUGCUUGAAACUUGCUCAGACACAAGAGUCUCCAACGGGAUUACUCAGCUAACUACCAAAUACAAUGCUAUUUUGUCGCUUGCUAAGGAGGUGAUGAAACGACUGGAACUGCAUUAUCAGGAACACCAGCAACAUAAUGCUUUAUACGGAGAAUGUCAAGACUGGCUCGAUAGAACUCGAGAGAAACUGAACCAGUGCGCCGAAAUUCCAAAUACAUUGCAAGAAGUCAACAACAAAAUUAACACCGUGAAACUUUUACGUCAAUCUUUAGAACAAGGUCAGAACAAACUGAGGUACCUUUUAGAACUGAAAGAAAAAGUUAUAAUGAACACCGAACAAACUGGAGCAGCUAAAAUACAAGAAGAUACAGAUAACUUGAAGCAAGAAUUUGAUAAACUGAUUGCAGAUUUACAAGACAUACGCAAUAAGUUGACUAGCAGAGCAUCUCAGUUUGAUGAUAUUUCAAAGAUUCAUAAAUUACUGGUAGAAUGGUUGGAUGAUAUCGACCAAAAAAUACAAUCAGAUGACUCCCUUCUUAACGAUCUCUCUGAAAAGAAAGCGAAGCUAGAAAAGUUCAGAACUUUCAACCGUGACAUUGACUCUCAUAAAGAUCUUGUCAACAAAUUAAAUGAAAAACUUCAAGAGGAUUCAUCUCUGAAAUCUAAAGAAAUUGAAGACACACUGAAGAGAUAUGAUGACAUAAGAAAUACUGUUAAUGAUAUGAUUAGUAAACUGGAGGAUUACGUAAAUACUCAUAUUCAGUACAAAGAAUCUUAUGAUAACUUCUAUGACUGGAUACGUAACUGUAAAAUUGAAAUCCAACAAUGCUCAGAUUCACAUGGUGCAAAGGAAGAAGUACAAAAGAAAUUGAAGAAUGUUAAUAAAAUUAUUAGUUCACUGCCUAAAGGAGAGACAUUACUCAAAAAUGCCGUAAAACUAAGUGAAGCAGUAUUAGAAACGACAGGUAACGAAGGAAAAGAUAAUAUUAAUCAAGAAAUAAAACAAUUGAAAAUAGAAUGGGAGAACUUACAACAAAUUUGCAAAGAUACGAAGAAAUUAUUAGAGAAAUGUUUGUCAGCGUGGUCUGAUUUUAUCGAAACUUUAGACAAAAUGAGCGCUUGGGUAAAGGAUUUCGAUAGUAAGUUAAAUGCUGUACAAAAGGUAGAUAAAAUAACACCUGAGUACCUUGACAAAUGCCGUGAUCUCCUUGCUCAAGCCUUGGCCAAUAAACACGUUAUGGAAGAGCUUAAUGAUAGAUGUGAAAACUUAAUGGAGCUCAGUGCCUGUGCCUGGGUCCGUGAUAAGACAGUUAAUUUACAAACUGAAUACACAUCUCUAUUAACUAAGAUACAAGGUCUAGUGUCCAAUGGAGAGAAAAAUCUUUCUGAUCAUACAGAGUUUAUUAAAGCAAAAGAAGAACUUCAGAAAUGGUUAGAAACAGCACACGGAACCAUACAUGACUCAAUCGGUGUUGGUGAUAUUGACACUACAAAAGACAAAUUAGAAACUGUUCAGCUCGUAACCAACAGAAUGACUGAAGGUCAUCAUUUGCUUCUUAUUUUACAAGAGGCUUUUAAGAAGGCUCUAAAUAACACACCAACAGAGGAACAAGAUGGCUUACGUAAUGAUGUCAAAGUUCUUCAAGAGAGUUGGGACCAACUAAAAAUAGAUCUUAACUCAAUAACUGCUCAACUUAAAGCUGCCAUUGGAAAAUGGGAGGACUUUGAAGACUCGAAAAAUAAAAUGAACCAAUGGAUAAAAGAUACCGAACAAAAUUUAGACAAAGUACCCGCCACAGGUGGUGAACUUGGUGAAAUGAAGACUUUACUGGAAAAGUACAAACAUAUUGAAGAUGAAAUAAAUAACAAGUCACCUGAACUACAGCGUCUUAAAUGUGAAGGUAAUGAACUUAGCAGUUGGGCAAGAAAACCAGCAGUAAGAGAAGCAGUGAAAGUCAUAGAGACGAAAAUAGAUGCGUUAAAAACGAAAUGUGCAGCAAAGAAAGCCGAGCUUGAAUCUGAAAUUAAAGAUUACAACCAAUAUCACCAAUCGCUUCAAGAUACAGAGAAAUGGUUAUUACAGAUAUCUUUCCAGCUUAUGGCGCACAACUCUUUAUACAUCGCGAACCGUGAACAGACAGAAGAACAGUUAGCUCAACAUGCUGUUUUAUUAGAUGACAUUCAGAAGUACCAGUCGACAUUGGAUGACUUAGAAGGGAAAGGUCGUGCCCAAAUCGAGCGGUAUGAAGCAACGACGCCGUCAAUCCGCGAUACUGUCGGAAAGCAACUGAAGAAUGUUAAUGAUAGUCACAAGAGUUUAUUAGCAACAGCGCUACAGAUCGAACGGCGGUUAAGAGAAGGGCUGGCGAAGUUUAAGGAAUAUGAAGACACACUAGAAAGUAUAUUAAAUAAUUUAGAUGAAUGUGAACCAGCUAUCACGGAAUUAGACGUUCCUGUUGAUGGUCUUUCUCACGGACGAGAUUUGCUAGACAAAGCUAGGGCCCUCCACAACCGUCUACAAACCGAAAAGAGCCGGCUCUCUGCAGCUGUGGCGGCGUGUUCUGCAGCCGCCGCCUCCGUGUCUCGCCCCUCGUCCCCCGCAGACACCGCGCCCCUCCCCGUGCCCCCCCGCGAGCUGCACGUGCGCGCACGACUGGAGGAUCUCAUUGACCAGAAACAUGUAAGCGAGGUAGGCAGCGCGAGACUUGACACCAUAAUUAAGUCUCUCGAAGCACCUGAGUUCAGCCAGAAAUUCGUGGCUUUUGAGAAAAGGGUACAAAGCCACCUUGAAACCUUACGAGACGCAGUAAGUGGAAUGGAAGAAGCCAUGAAGCAAGUGGUAGAAAUCCAAGAAUGGAUCAACGUACACAGUGCCUUAGCACAUGAUUGGCUCUCGAAUCCAUCAAAACUGCGCCCAGAAGCUGCCAAACAAGACAUGGCGGCUAUGAAUGACGCUCUUGCGUCUCUGGCUGAAAAGAGGAAUAGGCUACUCACGGAGAUACCAACUGAUGGCCUAGAAGAUGAGAUGAACCUUGAAGAAGAUCUAAAUGAACUAGAACAGACAAUACUUAAAGCAAUAGAAAGGGAAAAGGGCAACCAAGCCAUCAUCGAUAAUUUCAGGUUUAAAUGUCAAGAAAUUCAUGAUUGGUUUGAUUCAGUUUUGAAAAAAAUGUGUUUGGCUGACAAAGGAUCUGGCUUACCUUGCCCGCAAAAAAUGAAUGCACUGAAAGAGUUAUCAGCGGAGUUUGGUCAGUCAGGUAAAGAAAAAGUAGACAACAUCAAAACUGUUGGGAGUCAAGUUAUUAACAUUGUCAGCAAUCUAGAAUCACAGCAAGUAGAGGAACAGAUGAAAUCCGUUGAGAGAAGAUACAACGAUAUCGCUAAGCGCAUUCAGCGUAAGCUUCAAAUGCUUGAAAUAACAUAUAAAGCCAUUGACGGAACAAAAAGUGAAGUCGCUGCUCAAAAUGAAUGGAUGCAAAAAGAAAUUGACAACAUUGUACAUCCUGAACCUCUGGGGUAUGAUAGUAAAUCAGUAAAGGAAAGACAAAAGAAGAUAGCCAAUUUACUUAAAGAGACCGAUAGUAAAAAGACUGUUAUCGAUUCGUUGGAAAAGAAAGUAAGCAAUAUCCAAUCUGAACUGGAACCGUCUGAGCAAAUGCAAUUAGAAUCAGAACUUUCAGAAUUAGCAUCUAAACAAAAGCAACUUGCGUCACUUAUCAAACAAGAAAUUGAAAGAUUAGGUGGCUGUUCUGAAUUAAGGAAAAAAUUGGAGAAUGAUAUUGAAAAAGCUAAGAAAUGGCUUAAAGAUAAGCUUGCUGAAAUUAAAAAACUAGGUGGUCCUAUUCCUCUAGAAGCAGUUAAAGUAGAAAAGGAAAUUGCCAUACAUAAAAAACAUCAGACUGAACUAUCUGAUUUCCAUAAUGAUUCUCUUACGGAGGUCAUGCGUCAAGGCAAUGCUGUUUCUAAAGACUGUUCAACUGAAAACAGAGCUAAACUACAGUCUAUGUUAGAUGACCUUAACAAAUCAUACACGUCUGCUAAAAUAGAUAUAGAUGAAAAACUUGCUGCAUUAAACAAACUAUUGCAAGGUAGAACUGAGUUUGAAGCUGACGUUGCAAAGAUUCAGAGUUGGUUGAAUGAAGCCGAAGUGGCUGCUACUCCAGAAUUACGCACAACAUCUCUGCAACUUUUAGAGGAACAAUUAACCAAGUUUGAAAAACUUAGCAAAGAAGCUGAUGAAGUGGAAAAGAAUAUAAUCAAAAUUAAAGACAAAUCUAAAGAUAUUAUGGAUACUUUAUCAGACUCCAAUAAGUUGCAACUUAAGGAACAAAUUAACGUACUAUCUGAUAGAUUUGCUAGAAUAAAAGCUGUCAUCAACGAUAAAAAGAAUAUUUUAUUAAAACAUAUCAAAGAAUAUAAAGAUGCAGUUGCAAAGAUAGCUGCUGCAUUAGAAUUCUUAAAUGAAAUCCAAAAUAAACUUAAAGCAUUAAACAAACCAAUAGGUAGUAAAGUUGAAGAUGUUUUGCCUAUAAUCCAAGCCUAUGAAUCUAUUUUAGAUGAUCUAAAGAAAAAUAAGGCUAUGCUCAAUGAAUUACAAGGUGGCAAUCUCCAUGAUCUACAAGACAUUUUAUCUAAGCAAGAUGAAUUAAUGAUAACAAUCGAGGACCAAAUUUCUAAAUUAAAACUGCUUCUACUACUGCGUGAGCAAUUCUUUGCUCUCGUUAGAGAAAUUGAAGAUUUCAUUUCUAAAUACACAGAUCUUACUUCAGAAAUCGAAAAAUCAAAUGACUCUUUGGAAGAUAAAAUAAAGCGUUAUGACGAUAUUAUUGCCAAAAUCCAAGGUUGCGAAGCGUUACUUGCAACGGCAACUGAUAAAGGGCAACAGAUCGCUGCAGAGGGCACUGUUAUUGACAGGAAUAACAUCACUGAGCUACUGCAAUCUCUGAAGCAACAAUUAUUGACAUUAAGAAGAACUGUUGAAGCUAAGCGCCAAGAGCAUGAAAGAGCUGCAGCUGAACACAAGAAACUUGCAGCAGAUAUUUCUGGAAUACUUCAGUGGCUACAUGACAAUGAAGCCGCAGUACACUCACGGCCUCUUUUAAACAGAGAUGUUGCUAGCGUAGACAAAAAACUUAUUGAGCACGCUACACUUGCUAAGAACGUUCAAUCUUACUUGGAAAAAUUAACAAAGAUAAUGGACGUUAUUAAACAUGACGAUGGUGUUCCCGGUACACUACUAGAAAUGGUAUCAGAGGGUAAUUCUCUCAAAACAUCUCUGCCUACUGAAUUAGGAAAUAGAGAAAAACAUCUGCAAGAUAAUAAGAAAUAUAGGCAACAGUAUCAACAGAUGGUCGAGAAACUGAACAUCUGGGUAAACGAAGCGGGAAUACGACUAGGCAUGGGUAAAAAUGGAACCGAUUUUGAAAACAUCGAGGCUGAUUUGGAAGAACAUAAGACAUUCUUCAAUACAUCUGAACCAGAAAUGAAAGACUUAGUUGGAAAACGAAUGCAGGACAUCGUUGACAAAAUUUGGCCAUCACUUACAGCUUCAGAACAAGAAGAAUUAUCAAAAGAGCAUCAGAAACAUAACCAACUAUUGAAAAAUACACUCAAUUCUGCGAAAUCACGACAGGCGCAAUUGGAACAAGACUGGGAAAUAUGGAAAGAUUUCUGCCAACUUGUGGAGAAAAUUAAAGCAAUUUUAAACAAAAACGAUAUAGUACGAGAACCUGUGAUGUCAGUGGACUCCCUCCGCAUGUACGCCGAGAAGUUGGAUCACGCCCAGAAAGACUUAGAGAACCAACAGCCGCUCCUGGACGUAGUUCGGGAGAGGGCGAGGGAGCUCUGCAGCGGUGCGGAUGCCGCGAGUGGAGAAAGAGUCGAGCAGAAGACUAGAGACCUCGUCGCUGACUGGAGCACAGCUUUGGAAGGUUUAGCUGAGCGAGCGGUGGAGGCAGACAGCCAGCUCCAGCGCUGGAGCCAGCUGCUGGACACGCAGAGAAGCCUCGGGUCAGCUGUCACAGCCAUUGGAGACCGUCUCCGACAGCUGGACAGUAACCCCGCUACAAGAAGACGCGCCUUGGACACCAGGCAUGCUCUACAGGAACUGCAAAGCGAAGUAUCAAGCUUAGAAGAGACAAAGGACGAUCUUCUGGAGCACGCAGACUUCGUUGUGUCUCUACUGAAGCCUAACUCCAAAGAAGCCGCUGCCGAAACUGAGAAGAAUGUCAAGGAAUUAGUGGAGGCUUAUGAGAAAUUGCGACAGACCGUCGCGGCUAGACUAGCGGAGAUAGACGAAAUCGUAUCCGAAUUCGAUCGCGUCUCGGAGAAAAUCGAACGGCUCCGGCAGGAGAUCGAGGUGUACGUCGCCGAGGUCGGGACCCUCUACGUGUUCGGCGAGGACGACGGGGACGGCGUGCUCCGGCUGGGCGAGCGGGUGGCGGACCUCGCGCGGCGGACGAAGAGCUUCGCGGACGAGAGCCGGCGGCGCUACGGCGGCUCCGCGCCCGCGGACGUGGCGCAGGAGCUGUCGGCGCUAGAGCUCGCGGCGGAGGCGCUGGCCGCGGCCAUGGAGGAGAAGGAGCGGGAGUGGAAGCGCGCGCGCACCGCUCGCGGCGACUACGCGAGCGACGUGGAGAGCGUGCAGGCGUGGGUGCGCGCCGCCGAGCUGACGGCGCGCGAGCGCACGCUGCCGCCCGAGCCGUACCGCGAGCGGCUGGUGGCCGCGCGCGCCGAGGCGCCCGCCGUGGCCGACCGCCUGGAGCGGCUGGCGCGCAACGCCCGCGCGCUGGUCGAGGGCAGUCGCGACGCGGCCGAGCGGCAGCUCGUGCAGUCCACGGCGGCGGCGCUGGCGGAGCAGUUCGCGGCGGUGUGCAGCGAGCUGGAGGCGCGCCAGGCCGCCGCGGAGGACGCGUGCGACGCGGUGGCGCGCUUCGAGGCGCUGCUGGAGAAGGUGCUGCUGUGGGUGGAGACGCAACGCGCAUUCCUCGCGCGGCCGCUGCCGUUGGCCGACCUGCAGGAGGCGCAACAGAAACAGACUGAAUACGGGAAUGCCUUCAAGAGUUGUAAGCAACAAGCUAAAAACUUAGCAGACAUGGCUAAGGAACUGGAAGCGAUCGAGCGCGUCACGAGUCCGGGAGACCUGCCCGCGAGGCUCGAGGCCGCCGAGAACGCUACCGUCGAUGUCGAGAAACGUUUGGCGAAAACGAAUGGUUUACUACAAGAGCUGGCAGAGGAGUGGGAGCGAUGUGAGAAGAAGCUAAAAGACGUGGGACACUGGCUCGACGCCACGGCGCGGACCCUGGAGGCGCCGCAGAACGCUAAGAAACCGUUGAGAGACAGACUGGCGCUGCGGGAGAAACUGAUCAACGACAUUUCCACGCAAAAAACAAAAAUUUCAUACGCGGUCGAGAAACUCAACGUGCACUUCGGGCCCGACGGCGUGGCGGCGCAGUCGCGCUCGCCCGAGGGCGUGCAGGCGGCCGCGCGCGAGCUGUGCGCCGCGCUGGACGCGCUGGCGGCGCAGACGGGCGCGCAGGCGGCGGCGCUGGCGGCGGCGCUGGCGCAGGUGGAGGCCUACUGCGCGGACGUGGCCCGCCUGCGCGCGCAGCUGCUGGCGGCCGAGCAGCAGCUGCGCCACGCCGCGCAGCCCAACUACAGCCCGCGCGAGCCCGAGCGCGCUGCGGCGCACCAGCAGGAUGACUUAUCUAACGAUAUUGAAACGCUGCUCGAAGAAGUCAAAAUAGUACAGGCGAAUCUCUCAGAUCUCCCGGACGAAAGUCUAGACGCGAUGGAGCAAGGACUUCAGGAGGGGAUAUCAAUUCUAGUCAAGUGUGAAGAGGCGGCGGUAUUAUUGGAGCAGAAGAUCAUGGAGUACCGGCAUGAAGCGGAGGUGCAGGUGCUGCUGAAGGAGUUGGUCGUGAUCAAGGCGAGGAUCGUGAAGCUACUGCUGCAAGCGCGCCAGGGCCUUACCACCAUCCAGGUAAGCAAGGAAGCCAAAAUAGAAGUAGCUCGUCAGUCUAAAGAAGUCCAAGAACAGAAAGAAAAGGUUGCUCAACUUGAUCAUUGGCUUGAAUCUAUUAACAAUGAACUCAAGGAAUCUACGAAACAGUCUGAUGUGUUUACAGAAGAGGAUAUUAUUAGGUAUAUAGAGAUUUAUGAAAGAUAUUUAAGAGAAUAUGAAGAAUAUGAAAUAAUUAUUAAGACGGUCAUUGUAACUAUUCGAGAGGAUUCUAGUCAAUUGAAGGAAAAGUUAAAUACGACAAGUAGAACAUUGGAACAAACAAGAAAUCUAGUCAUUGUAGAAAUAGAGAGAUUAAGAGAAAUUUUGAUUCACUUAAGGGCACCACCAGAAGCAGAAUUGCCCGCAGAAGAGGACGUGUCACAGACAGAUAGAACCAUUGAUUCAACUUCUAUGCCAGAAGAAAUAGUUUCACCACGUGAACCUGAGAUAAUCAAAAGUGAAGAGCCAUUUGUAAAAAAUAUUAUAACACAAAAAUCAGCACCCAUUUCUGAAGAGACUGAACCUAGCCAAAUAAAAUUGCAAGUAGAAGAAUCCAAGCCAAGUGAAAUUAGAUUACAUAUUGAUGAAAUUUCGAUACCAAAAGAGAAAGGGAAAGUAAUUAAUAUGACUGUUGAAACACAAACUGGUAAGAGUAUCUUAUCUGACGCACCAUCACUUGCAGAUUCACAAAUAAGUAAAAUAUCUAUACCACAAGAGAAAGAGCAAGUAAUUAUAACCACCAUUGAAACACAGACAGGAAAGAGUCUUUUAUCAGAUGCACCAUCUCUUGCAGAUAAAUCUGUAAUAUGUAAACCAGAAAAAAAUGAGAUGGUUGAUGUUUCUGUAACUUGUGCACCACCACAAGAAGUUGAAGUUCAAACAAGUGAGCCAAAAUCAUUAGAUAAAGAAAUGCUUGAGAAUAUUCAAGUAAAACAAAUCGUAUCAGAUGGCCAUGAAACCAUUGAAAUUGCUAGCCGUCCAGUAACUAGAGACCAAAUGGGUGAACAAUCAAUAUUUGUUGAUGCUCAUUACAAAGAUGAUAAUAUCUACAAGGACUCUCAACUCAAUAUUACACAUUCUUUACCACAGUCGUUUGAAACCGUCAUGGUUGAACCAGAUGAAACAACCACUGAAGUGAUAGUUGAUGCCGAUGGAACAAAGAGAAUAAUAGUUAAAAAGGUCAGAAAAACACUCGUCACACGACAACAAGUACUUCAAACUCACAAACAUCAAACUCAAAUAUUAUCAUCUGACAAUAUUUCUCAAGAUCAAUCUCUCGCUCAGUUGACACUUCAUGGAGACCAAGGUUCAAGUUCAACUGUUUUAGAUGAUGGAGAUGUGAAACACAUCCAAUAUCAAACCUACGGCGGACAAAUUAUCUCAGAACUACCUGAUAGUGAAGUUACUAUACAAGAAAUUACAUCAAGACCAGAUAUGAUCAUCAAUAUGCAACAUGGAAUGAAACCUGAAGAAAUUCUUCAACUGGCUGAGGGUGAGAUUCCACCUCUUAUACAAACGUCCUCGUCAAGCGUUACAGCAGUCGUUCAACAAGUAACUAAGAGAAUAAUUAAAACAAGACGCCGGAUAAUUAGAAGGGUGGUCAUAAUUGAUGGUAAAGAACAUGUGACGGAAGAGGUCAUCGAUGAACCGGAUAAUGUUGAAGUCCUAGAAGAACAGAUUCCAAGAGUUUCAAUAAGUGUAAAAGAUAGUACCUGUACCUCUGAUGUUGAGAAUGAUCCAGAUAACAAUAGUCCACCUCAAAGAAAACCUUCAGACCAAAGAAGACAUGAUAGACCAUAUGAUGCAGAUGGAAAAUUUGACCAUGAUAAACAUUUUGAGCCUGAAAAAUCUCCAACAUCUGACUUACCAGAAUAUAAAAGUGUCAAAACAGAAAACCAACCUUUAGAAUCAAGUUCUCGAAUAUCUGAGGUCCAACAUCAAUCGAAAGAAUUUCUAUUGAAAGAAAAUCAAAAUGAAAGACAAGCACCGGUUGAAAUUACUACAGAAAGUACAUUUUAUUCAACAGAACCCCAUGAAAUAAAACAAUUAAAUGUAAAUGUUUAUGAUGUAGGAAAGCCAGAAGAUCAGGCAAUUACUUUCUCAACCCAAAAAAUCACAAACACGGAAACCAGUUCAAACAUUGCUACUGUUAUACAAAAGGUAACACGUAAGUUAACCAGGACAAGAAAACGUAUCAUCAAACAUAUUCAAAUUAUUGAUGGUAAAGAACACGUUACUGAGGAAGUCAUUGAGGAACCUGAUGAAGUUGAAAUUGUAGAAGACGAACCACAAAUUUCAUAUUCUGCUCAAAAUCUGGGAAGUAACGCGAGGCGUAUUAGAAUUAUUCGUCAUGUUGAGAUAAUUGAUGGUAAAGAACAUGUUACAGAACAAAUAGUAGAUGAGUCUGAUGAUGAACCAGAUGAUUUAACUACUCCGAAUAAAAAAUUUGAUAGACCUGACAUUACAGAGCUUGAAGUUCAAGACACAAUUACAACACAUCAUGAUGAUAAUGAAGAUGUUUCAAAACGAUUAAAUAUGGGAGAAACUGAGAGCACAUCAAACAUAGAAUUAUCACCUGAAACUCUUGAAAAAAUUAUUACAACAAAGCCUAUCUCGAAAGUAACUAAGAUUAAAAAACGUGUAAUUAAACACAUUAAAGUCAUAGAUGGUAAGGAACAUGUAUCUGAAGAAGUUAUAGAAGAGCCUGAUGACAUCGAAGUUAUAGAGGAAAGUCAAAAACCAUCAUAUAUUAUUCAAGAAGAAGGUGUUAAAACAAAACAUAUUAAGGUUAUACGCCAAGUUAAUAUUAUAGACGGUAAGGAACAUGUUACUGAACAAAUAGUAGAAGAAGAUGAUAAUGAAUAUGUACCGAAUUCCACUAUUAUUGCUGAAAUAAGUGUAGAUUUAGAAAAGCCAACCAAAACUAAUAUUGCAUAUAAACAAACGUCUGAUAAUAUAGUAAAUAUUGAAAAUAUUGUUGAUAUCACAAGAAAUUUGAUUGGUAGUGAAAUUGAUCACACAACAGGACUUCGUACUUUAGCUAGUUCUACUGAAGUAAAAGCUCCUAUUUCCAAAUCUAUUGUAGACGAUGAACAGUGUCUUGAAAAGGAGAGUAGCGAUAGUAGAACAGACACUUUGCAUCAAACAGGAAAGCAACUAGAAACUGACGAUUUAGUUGUUGAAAAACCAAAUGAAGUGGUAAUUACAACAGAAAAGCAAUAUGUUACUGAAGAGCAUACACCCAGCUAUCAAACUUCAGAAACCAAUAAAUCUACACUAAAACAAGAAAACGUGAUAGAUUUAAAAACACCAAUAGAACUAGAGACUUUUGAAGUAGCUAAGAAUGCUCUUGAGGACGUCUCAAAAAUAUUACAAUCAACAACAGAAAAAAAUAUUUCCGAUAUCGCAGGAGAUGGAGAACAUGAACAAGAUAAUAAAGACAUAAAUACUCGUGUCAUUACAAGUGAUGACAAAAAACACAUAGAUAAAUCUAUCGUUAAUGUCACUAAAGAUUUAAUUGAUAAAGAAGUUGAAAGUUCAACGAUUUCUCAACCAGUUAAAUAUGAGGAAGUUAAAACUACUGUAAGUGAAGUAAAUAAGACCGAAAUGGAAAAUAUUGAAUCGAAAAUAGAUGAUGAGAAAUUAACUGAAAAUGUAUACAUUCAACUCAUAGGCACUGAGGAACAAGUAACCUCAAAAACAGAGGAAUCACAGAAUGUAGACGAAAUUAAAAUACCCCAAAGUAAGCCCAUCGAUAUAUCACAAAAUUUAAUUGAAAGUGAACUGAGCCACUCUACAGCUGUUUUACAAAAAGAGCUUGUAGAGAAAGCAACAGUUUCUGAUAUUGCUAUUGCAUCUACAUCGGAUAAUAAGAUGUCACCUCAAAAUGAAACUUUAGCUGUUAUGGAGCCAAUACAGAAAAAAGUGAAAGACAAAGAUGAUCUUAAACAAGACAUGACGACUUUUGAUAAUGCAGAACACAUUGGAUUUCCUGUUACGGAUCUAGAAAUUGUUUCAAAAUUACAAUCAGAUCUCUCAGAAGUUCAACCGCUUACGUUAACGACACAACACACUGAUGUAAUAUCUGAAGAAAAGUCCUCAAGUACUGCUUUAAAAAUGUUACAUUUAGAUACAGUAACUGCACCUAUACAAGAAAACAUUUCGCAGUUUGACACCAUCGAUACGUCAAAACAUAAAAUAGAAAUUACAAAAAAAUUAUUGGAAAGUGAAGUAGAUCGGUCAUCGUUUGAAAUUGCAAAAGAAAUAAAACCUUCAGCACCAUCUCAUGAGUUAGUUGAGAAUAUGGGAACAGAAUAUAAGAUCAAAGAUUCCGAUUCUGAAAAAGUAACGCAAGUAAUAACUCGAAAGCGUAUAGUAAAACACAUACAAAUUAUUGAUGGAAAAGAGUAUAUUACAGAAGAAAUCGUAAAUGAACCGGUUAGUGUACAGAUUGAUGAACAAAAGCCCAGUGAAGUAAUAACAAUGCAAGAACAGGGAAUAAAAACUAAAAGAAUAAAAAUAAUAAGAAAAGUUGAAAUAAUUGAUGGCAAAGAACACGUUACAGAACAAACCAUUGAGGAACCAGAUGAAGAAUAUCUUCCUGAAUCAACAGUUUUAGCUGAAAUUGAUUUACAUAUAUCAAAGCCAGCGCCAAUUGAAACAUCAGUGACUGAGAUUCAAGAAUAUAUUAAGCAAACUCCAGAAGCAGAUCACACAUUAGACGUAAAAUACACAUCAAAAGUAAAAGAUUUAAUUCCUAGUACUCAGUCAACAUCUUCAUCUUCUCUUUUAAAUGUUACAAAAGAUUUAUUAGAACACGAAAGCACUAUCGAGCUACCAACAAAAGAAGACACAAUCAUUGUUGAACCGAGUAACGAUACAAUUACGGCUACUGAAAGGUUGUUAAAAGGAUUAACUGUUCAAGACACAAACAAGCAGAUAGUAACACAAGAAUUUAAUUUGAAAGGUGAAAUUGCUACCACAAUAGAAGAAGAAAAAUAUAACACAUCAAACAUAAGCACUGGAAAAGUGGAUAUAAAUAUACCUAGCGAUGAAGUUGCUGAUAAACCACUGACUACAGAUUAUUUAAUAACGCAGUCACCUAGUGAAUUUGAACCUAUAGAAUUGGAAACAGUAAAUAGUGAAAACAAAGUAAAAUCGGAACUUACGGAUGCAAAGAUUUUGGAUGUCACACAAGAGAGUAUCACAUCACAUGAAAUGGCAACUAAACUUGGUAUGGAACCUACACCUGCCUUAGCUCCUGUACAACAUAAAACAAAAAAUGAUAAUGCAUUAUUUAUAAUGUCAGAACAAUUAGAUACACAAUUGCGGGUUUCUCCUGGAAUCAUCAAUGAGGAAACGAAGGAAAAUAUUUUUGAAAAGUCGUCACAAACAUCACCUGACAAAGAUGAAUGUACACGUCAACCUAUAAAUGAAAAAACCACGAUUGAUAUAUCGAUGUCUAUUGCCAAAACUGAUGAAAAUAAUAAGCUUAAACCCAAAAUUGAACUAGAGCUCAAAUUAGAUGAGCUCGAUAAGACACAGACUGUUUGUAAAAAAGAUAUAAGAGCUAGUUUACCAACAGAAAUAACAAUAAUACAAGAACAUGUUGAGAAAGACAUCACUGAUGACACGGAUAAACUUGAACGGGUUGUGCUAUCCCCGACAGCUAAAAUAAAGGAUUCAGCAAUCACAGAGCAACUUUCAGAGCAGAAUGAUUCUGUUGAGCCUCCAGAAGAUUUGCUAAAUAUUAAAACACCUUUAGAAGAAGAAAGUACUCCUAAGGAAAUAAUAAAGGAGCAUCCAGAAGAAAAUGUUUCUGAAAAAAUCACGAAGGACUUUCCAGAAGAAAAUGUUUCUAUUGAGUCUCCUAUUGAGUCUUUAAAAGACCAACAGAUCAUUAGAGCGGAAGAUGAUUCUAAAGAGACUUCUACUGACCUUAAAGAAGAGCAACAAAUAAUUCAAGAAAUUUCAGAAAAAAGUAUUGUUAUAUGUACAGAACCUCAUGUCGAGACAGAUAAAAGUUUAACAGAUACAGACAGUUCAUCUUUAAGAAACUAUGUUGAACUUCAAACACCAACACCAAUUGAAUCUCCAAAACCUACAAAUGACUUGUUAGAAAUAAAGGAAGUAAGUGAUGAACCAUCAUCAAUUUCUACACAAUCGGAGUCAAUCACAGAGAAGGGGUACGAACCAGAGGAUAUGUCUUUAGUCAAAGAAACAGUACCGGAAAAGAGAAAGAGACAAAAGAAGCGAAAGUCUCAUGCAGUAAGUGAAGAAACUAUUUAUCCAAAGCAGACUACUACAGAAGAUGAAACGGCCAUCUCUACACCUGUUGAAAUGGAAGAGCCAAUUCAUCAAAGAAAAAUCAAAACAAAAAAAGGAAAGAAAAAGGUACCUGUUGACGAUAAUAAUAAGCCUGAAGCUACUCCAAUAAAGUCACCUGAGACACUAGAAAUUAAACCUUCCACACCUAAAUCUGAUAGUCCAAAAGUUGGAGUAGAAAUUGUGACAACAUCACCUCAGGAUGAAUCUUACCAUACACUUAGUGAAACAUCCGAUAUUAACACAGUAAAGAUUGUAGAAGAAUGUAUAGGAAGUAGUCCAGAAGAUCAGAAAGAAAUGACUACGACUGUAACAUAUCCAAUUCCUGUAGUUGAAGAAAUUGCUACAACAGAAUACUCGGUUCAAACCUCACCAGAAAUACAGGAAUCUGUUACAGAAACUACAAAGGAUAUUGUUAUAGAGACAACUGACACAGAACUACAAACUUCACCUAUUCCUAUCAGUGAAACAAUAAUUCAAACUACUCCAAUUGAUGACAAGGAAGCACAAACACAAACUUCUGAAAAUAUUACUGUUAUAGAAAAGGUAGAAGUAGCGAAUUCUGAAAUUCAAACUAGUAGACCUGCAACACCAGUUCAAGUUAUCCAAAGUGAAGUCACUACACAAGUAUUACCAAGAGAUAUAGUAACACCUGAUGACAAAUUUUCACAAACGUCAACUCCUAUUAUGGAACAAAUCAUGCAAAAUAUCGACAAGGAUACCCGAGAAAUACAAACUUCUCCACCACCUACAAUAACAAAAGAUGAAAAGAGCACAGAAAUUAGAAUUGAAACUACUGAAAGUGAUAUACAGACAAUAAAACAAGAAACAAUCGAUCGAGAAACUUUAACUUCACCUAUUAAAUCAAAGGAAGUAACAGAAAUGAGCAUUCAAACACCUGAAGUAUCUCUUGUUCACACAUUUACACAAUCUGAUUCAUUAGAAGCUGUAGUGGAACCAGACUUUAAAAAGCCACCAAGCCCUGAUUUACCUCCCUUGGUCACAAAAGUUAUAACUGUUGAUAGUACGCAGCAAACAUCGCCAAGAAUUUAUGAAGAAGACCCAAAAUCUGAUACUAAGGAAAUUAUUACUGUCGAUACCCAACAGCAGACAUCUCCUAGAGUAGAGUCAGACGUUACUCCUGCUAUACCUCCUUUAGAUUUUACGAAAAAGGAUCAAGUUUAUGUUGACAAUAUACAGCAAACUACACCAAGAGAACAUGUUGAAUCACCAGUAUUCAUACCUACAAAAGAGCCUAGUAAAGUGGAAAUUACAGUAGCUGACAGUACGCAACAAACAUCUCCAAGAAUUUAUUCGGAAGAUUCUAUUUCUACAUCUACCGACGAGCCUUAUGAAGUACAUCUGCGAGCUCAAGUUUCUAUUCCACAAGCUGUUGACAGUUUUAUUGAAAACGAACGUCAAGGUGAACAAAUAUCUAUACUUGGUGAUGUGUACAGACAAAAGAGGAAAAAACCAAAAAAGAAAAGUGAAUCACCUUUGCAAUCCCCUGGAAGCUUGUCAGAUCCAAUUAAUGCCGAACUAUCUCUUUCUGUAACACCUACUAGUGAAGAUUUGUCUAGCAAAGAGACUUCUUCAAUAGAUGAAGGCAUUUCUCAGCUAGCUAGUCCUAUUUUACUCCAACAAGAAAGCUUUGUACUAACACAAAGACCGACGUAUUCCGAUGUUGUACAAAGAUCUAAAUCAAAAUCUCCUUCACCUAGUAAAACAAUAACUGUGCCCAAAUCUGGUAAAGCUAGAUUGCUUAGUACACUUGAAAAACGUACACAAUCAGUAUCUGAUCCUCAAAAAUUAUCAGAAAACAUUAUGACAGUAGCACUUUUUGAACCAUCCGUUGAAAAAUCAUACGAUCUUCUAAUUAAUAAAGAGUUAGAUGGACUGAAGAAAGCUGUUAAUAGUAACGACGCUACAAAUACUGAAAAAUGUAUAAUUACCGUAAUUGAAACUAUCUCCAUAUGGUUAGAAGAGAUUCAGUACAAAAUUCAAACUGAAGUGAUAUCAGGGUCAAGAGAUUACUUUGAAUCAGAACGUGUCAAAGACGUAGAAAACUAUAUACAGCGUCUUAAAGAAAUUGUUUAUAUAACUGAAGUAAAUGAGGAAAUAAUAACGCUAAUAGAAACUCUUACACGACAGGUUCACGCUGUCAAUAAUAUAAAAGCGCACAGUGUGGUAAAGGUUAAAGAAAGCGAAAAUGAUUGGAAUACAUUUUUGAUUGAUAUUGAUAAAUUGAACGAAGCAGUGGAAAAGGUUAAAUCUCAAAUGGAUCAUUUUAUUUUAUGUGAAGCACCUACACAACAAAAACUUGAUGAUCUAGAUAAAAUUGAAAUUGACAAUGUUACGAAUAUUGACUCGUGUAAAAAAUUGAUGCGGAUUUAUAGAAACAUUUUAGAAACAAAUCCAAAAAGAGAAUGUCCUUCUAUAUUAUAUAUAUGUAACGAUGAUAUCAAGCAAAUUGAAAACACAAUAAAUACUGAAAGAGAUCGCCUUUUACAACUAUCAUCAUUAUCUGAAGAGUACGAACAAACGUUGCAAGAUUUCGGACAAAUUACUGAUGUUGCUGAGGCACUGCUCGAUGGAAAAAUUAUAGUUUCUAAUUUAGAUCAUUUACAUGAAGAAAUUCAGAAACAUCGAAAGUUCUUUGUUAACCUGAGCCAUUGUAGAGCUAUUUUAGAAUCACUGGAAAAUAAUUUAGACAAUGAAACAAGAGCAAAGUAUUCUUCUUUACAUCAUUCUUUACACGAUAGGGCAACUAUUAUCAUUGACCGAGCUGCUGGGCGUGCUCAGCAAAUGACUUUAGCUGCUUCGAGAUGGAGCGUCUUAGACCAAGGUAUGAAAGAAGAACAGCAAUGGCUCGGAGUAGCCCAACAAAGAAUUCCUGAUCUAACAAACGUUACAUCUAUCGAUCAUGAACAGUACAUUAACCUUUAUCAGUCUAUCAGUCUGGAUGUUUCACAUCACAGUGCAAAAAUGCUCCGAUUACUUUCUAUUACGGAAGGACUCCAAGGGUUAAUUGUCUGCUCAGGACUAGAAACAGAAUGCUCAAUCGCACUGGAAACGUUACUUAAACUUCAAGAAGAUAUUGAUUCCAGACUAACACGUCUCACUGCUUUUAAAGAAAAUUGGAUAACAUACGACUAUCUCAUCGACAGAAUUGAAGGAUGGAUGAAGCUUGCUAAUAAAGAACUCGAACAAAUCACUCCAGAUAAUAUUACAACUACUAGUAAUCUUCGACGAUUCUGGGAACUAAAAGCGCAACACGAAGUGCACAACAACUUGAAAAAUGAAUCAGGAAUUCAAUUUGAAAAAGCUUUAGAAAUCUUACCUAUUUCUGACGAGAUGGUGCAACGCCAAUUCUUCUCCAAAAUUGAAGAUAAAUGGCGGGAUUUAUCAACAAGAAUUAGCAAUAUUCAUGCAUCCGCCAUACAAAAUAUAUCGGACCGUGAAGUAUCUUCGAGCGAAAAACUGAAUAUCCUGGAAGAUGAGAUGAGAGAGCUACGCACGAUGUUAGAUGGGUUAAAGGGGGUAAUUAAAAGCGAUGACGAGCUGAAUCUCUAUAUAGAACGGUUGCAAGUGAUGACCAGUCGCAUCGAUAGGAUACAGAAUGAACUUGGUAGAUUAAGUUUGUUACCUACAGCGGAAUCAGAACGUCUCGGCGCUUUGCUGACACAAUCGAGUCUGCUCGAUGAUCAAAUAGCAGAAGAACUGGAACGCAGUAUGUUGUUGAAAGAAAAGAUCGAUCACGUGCAGACAGGUAUCGCUCGUUGUCAAAAGAACCAACGACGUGCGAGAUUGACGUUAGAAGAAUGUGAAGCAUCUGAACGUCUUGGAAGCGACGUUGUUGAAAGAGCCUCUCAGAACUGUCAGAAACUUCUUGAAGAUCUUUCAUCGCAGUGGAGAGACAUCCUCGCCCUGAGGCAGGCGCUGCACACACUCCCAAUCAGUCUACGGGUUUGUGUGUCCCCGACCAGCGUGGAGAAAGACAUCUCUGCUUUGCAGGAAACGCACGCAGAGUUAGAAACAGCUUGCAACGAGCUGAGCAUGAGGCUCCGGAACAAGCUGCAGCUGUGGCGAAGGUUCGAGAGACAACUGGAGCUGGUGCAGGGUGCCGUGCGCGAGGCCGACUACAUGGUGGAGCUGCUGACGGUGCAGGGUCAGGUGGACUAUGACCGCUUGCUCAAAGCCACGGAGAAACUCGAAACAUUGAGUGACUCCCUCUCACGGCGGAGCGGCGAACUAGUCGGAGAGCUGCGGGAUGCUGCGACGCCGCUAGAAGCGAGCACAGAGCCCGGCAUCGCCGCGAAGCUGCGCAAAGAGCUCGAUGAUGCUGCCUCAGCAUACGAGCAUACGUGUACCAACCUCACGCAGCUCUGUGACAAAUACCACAAAGCAGUGGACCUAUGGCGACGGUACCGCGAGGCGGCGGCGGCGGUGCGCGCCUUCGCUGACCACCACGAGAGCUUCCUGCACGCCUUGCGACCCCACGACGCUCCCGAGGCAGCCCAGGCAUGCCUAGAGCAAGAAGCACGUGUGGCCGAGUUACGUUCCCUAGCCGCCAGGGUCGCUGCGGAGACCGGCUCCAGAGCGCUGCAAGCUGACGCCGACUCGCUGGCCAGGCGGCUGCAGCUGGUGGCGGGCGCUGUCCAGGCGCUGGCCGACCUGGGCGAGGCCAGGCAGGUGGCCAGGGCCAAAGCGCAGCACGCUAAGGAAAUGUUCUGCGAUAUGAGACAGGAUCUAACACCAGUCCACGAAGAUAGCGAAAUAGUCGAGGACAAACUGAUAGCUUUACGCGAUAACCUCAUUGCGCUUGGCAAGAGCGAGGCUGACAUUGCGCCCGCUAAAGCGGAGCUUCCAGACAUCGAUAGAGACGUAUCAGAUGAACACUCAAUCGUGAGGAUACUUGAAUUAUGGCAGGCGAUGUUCAGGGACACCUUCCUCCAUUACCACAGGUUAUCGACCGCGCUAGUUAGAUCAGGAGACGCUGCUACUGCUCUGAGAUUGUGGAACGAAUACCUCUUAGACUUACAGUCUUUCCUGUCAGGUUCAGUACCAGCUGACUACGAAAACUUAACAGAACAUCGACGCUUAUGUCGCGUUCACAGAAACUUGUUAGCAUCACAAAGGUCAGUGCUCAUGAAUGAGAACAGAGAAACCAAGAACCGCGAUUUAGUAGAUAAAUUUGAUACACUUACUAAUCUCCACAAUGAAACUUUGGCUCGAAUAGUUGAAAGACACGAUGAAGUGUGCACACGUAUUGCGGCCUGGGAUGAAUAUAAAGAAAUUUAUACAGAACUGCUCAGAUGGCUUAAAGAAAUUGAAAGAGAGAAAGAAAAGUUACAGUUGAGGUAUGUCCAUAUAAAGAGAAUACACAAGAUCUUAACUAAAAUACAGAAUCUCACAGACAAACUACCUGAAGGUAGAAAAUUAACAGAAAAACUAUUAGGAAACCUUAAAAUGGUAUUAGAGUUUACAGAAGAUACUUACGGAGCUUCAGUAAGAAUGGAAUAUGCUGGUAUUGUUAAAAGGGUUGAUAAUUUACAAGCUAGUCUUGACACGUGGCGUGACUUCCUAACUCGAAUACUUGGGCUCAUUGGGGAAUAUGAAACUAUUACUAGUGAUUUGCAAAAGUUAUACUCUAAAACACAAAAUGAUGUAAUGUCGUAUUCUGAUGAAGAUCGUCUAUCUAGACCUCAACUUAAGAAAGCAAUUGACAGGUUCAGCGACUUGAGAAAAAAGAUAGAUCGCACUGAAACGCAAAUAGAAGCUCUGAGCGUUAUUCAAGAACAAUUGAAAGAGUGCCUUAGUCCACAAGAUAUAAGGAUAGUCAAUCAAAAAGUCUGGCAACUCCGUCAACAACGAGCAGAUUUGGAACAUCAACUAUCUAUUAUAAUUCACAGGUUGCAAGAGCGAUUAGAAAUUUACACAAUAUUUGACACCCGACUAAUUCGGUUUGCCGAAUGGAUGACAAUAUUAGAAUCUCGUCUAGAAACUACGACGUCCACUAGUGAUAUAGGAGCUUUAGAUCCUCAAGAUUUGAUAAGAAGGAUAAACUCUGAUAUUCAAGCGGAAACAGCCAUGAAAGAGCGAGAAUUUGAGUGGCUUAGUGAAACAGGCAGUGCGUUAGUUGAAUUAUCCAAAAAGGAUGAAAAGUCGUACAGCAAAAAUACAUCUAAACACCUCAAAGAUGUUCAAGAGCGGUGGCAUAGACUACAAGAUACAGGAAGAAGUCGGAUUGCUAAAAUUAACGAAUUGCUUGAAACUAUCACUCAACUAGAGGAACGUUUGACAGAGAUUAGAUUGAGAUUACAUUCAAUAGAAGCUAAUUUAUCUGCACCAGUCAUACUAGAACAUUUAACAGCUAAAGCCGUUGAUAGUAAAUUCCAGGAACGUGACGAAAUACAUAAAUAUAUAGAAAACGAGAGCGGAGAAGUUGGUAAACUACUUAACCUCUGCGAGCUAAUAUUUAAUGACCCAGAUGUACUUAAAGGCAAUUUCGACUUACGUAACUUACACACAGGAGUUGAUAUUGUCGAGAAAAAAUGGAAGAAUAUUUGUGACAUGUCGGAACAGCGUAAGAAAGCGCUUAAAGAGAUACGAAAAUCUGCAGAACUCGCUAACUCUCUCCUACCUAAAGUAGAAAAGAAACUGGACUCGAUUGAAAAACGCGUUGAGAAAAUUGAGACUCGUAAACAGCGAGGUGAGGCGGAAGACGAAAGCGUCUCCAAAGCUGUUAUCAAGGAUUUGGAUAAUUUAGAAGGGGAUAUAAAGAAAUUAGAAGAUGCAUACAGUCGUGUGGCUUCUGCUAGAGGUAUUGAGCUCCGUGGCUUAGGAGCUGAUGAUGCAGCACGAUUGAGAAGUGCUGUACGACGCUGGCAACAACUUCGGGGAAGAGUAGAUGCCGCUGGAGCCGAUGCUCAUAGACAAUUUGUGGCUGCUCACGGUAAAGCAGUUGUGGCCUUGGCUGAAGCUGACGUUAGAUUGACCAGAGCAUUGCAUCUUGCUCCUACGCCUACUGAUAAAAUCGCCACUCUCAAAGAGUUAGAUGGUGUUGAAGAAGACCUUCGUGAAUGCGAGGCGUUAGUGGACGAUGCUGACAGACUGUCAGUGGCUGUGACCACCGUACCUGGUGUAUCUGACAUGGUGGGCGAAUACCGCGCACUAUUUGCUGACGUUAGGACAAGAUUAGAACUAGCUCGGGCCGAAGUAGUAGGGGAUGUGGACAGUGCCAUACAGGUUGACACCUUAAAAUGGGAAACAGAUGCAGCGCUACAAGUCGAUACACUAACAUCGAAAGAGACAUAUCGAGUCGAACUAGCUUCCGCUGUCAAAGAAACCUCAGAAUAUUUAGAAGCACUAAGAACAUCCUUACUACAUGAAAUAAAAGAAAACGCUGGCAGUGAUGAAUUAGCGACAGCCGCUAAAGAAAUAGCUAAAGCGGGAGCGAAACCUGAACAAACUUUAGAACUAGCCAAACAUUUAUCAGAACUGUUGCUAACAGAAUGCGACGCUAACGAAGAUGAAGCCAUGUUAAAGGAAGUUGAAUCUCUAUCGUUAAGAUACGAAGACCUUCUAGCGCAAGCUAAGAAACGUGAACUGCAAAUCAACAACUUGAGCGAGUCCGGACGGCUGACGUGUCCGCUGUGCUCGGACCGCAACUGGAAGCAGCUGGACAACGACCUGUGGCGGCUGGAGCAGUGGCUGCAGUUCGCCGAGGCCACGGACGAGGCGAGGAGCGACCCGCCCGAGCAGUACGACGCGCUAGAAGACGCUAUACAGGACCACCGCGAGUUCCUCCUAGACCUGGACUCCCACAAAGCGUUGGUGGUGUCUCUCAACGUAGUGGGCUCGCACGUCACCCGCCACGCCAAGUCGCCGGCCGACGGGCAACGCGUGCAGGAGAGGCUGGUGGGCGCCAACCAGCGCUGGGACCGUGCCUGCUCCAACGCUGCGGCGUGGCAGGGUCGCCUGCAGACUGCGCUGGUGCACAAUAGGGAGUUCCAUGAUAUUGUGAUAGAGUUAGUGGCUCAGCUAGCUGCGGCGGAACGCACGGUCCGCGCGCGGGAACCGCUGCGGCUGACGCGGCCGCCGCACGAGCUGCGGAAAGACUUCAGGAGAUUCAGUGAGCUGAGAGACGAGCUGAGCAGAGCUGAGCCGAGAGUGCUGGCUCUGAGAGACGCCGCUCAGUUACUCAAGGGGGCAGAUGCUCAGGACGUGUGCAGAAGACUGGGCGAGCUUCGUCUCCGCCUGCAGUCGCUGCGCAAGCUGUCGGGCGUGUACGCACUGAAGCUCGGCGCGGCGCUCGCGCGGCACCCCGCCGCCGCCGGCGCCGUCGCCGCCGCCGCCGCCGCCUCCACGCAGCUGAUGGAGGAAGACGAGGAACAACUACCAGCAAUGAGCUUGCCGCCUCUCGACGAGAAUGACGUCAUCUUAAGCGAGGAGCGUGAGGAACAAGAAUUAGGCCGCGUGCAGAGGGGGUUGCGAUUCGUUUGUCGCGUCGCCCGCGCUUCGCUACCCUUCCAGGCGCUGUUGCUACUUCUACUGGGCGCUGCGGCCCUCGCCCCCCUCUCCCCGCACGGCGACUGCAGGGGACCCGCACCCUCCUUACAACCCGUGCUGAGAUACCCGCACGGUCCACCGCCCCUAUAAAACCUUAACCCGAACAUUAGACUAGGAGAAAAUAAUAAUUAUGUUGAAUACAAAUCGCUUUAUAUAAGACUUGAAAAUGUUUUUGUACUCAUAAAUAUCUUGUAAUCGUAUCGACAAUAAAUAAUGUCGCCAUUUUAAUACUACAUCAGUUUAAAAUAAUAAUUUAAUAGAUUACAUUCGAUUUCCAUUAAAUAGUCAUGGGUACAGAAGCUUGGAUUGGAAUUAUGUAUAUUGUUAAAUAGAUUUUAUUCAGAUGUUGUGUAAUGUUUAAAAAUAGCAAAAACAUUUGUGCUGGUUUUUGUUAUUUAUAAGCAAGAACGUCUCUAAAUAAAAUCUAGAAGGAUGUGUAUUUUCAAGAUUGUACUCGUUUAAAAGACAAAGUUAUCGAUUUUGCACUUACAUUGAACUUCUUUACGUUUGAAAGUCUAUACCGAUAUGGAAAACGCCCACGAAGAAAACUGGAGACAUACAUAUAUAUUUUUUUCACUCGUCAAUAAAAAUUUAAUGCUUUACUCAACACAAGAUGGGUUCAACACAUCUUGCGUUGAAUAAAGCAAUUCAAUAAGUAAAACAAAUAACAUUCCUAAACGCACUUUAAAAAUCGAAAUCGAGUCAGUCUCCCCUCAGGACUGCACCUUAUUUGGUUUUUAAUCUGUGGCCUUAACUGUCACUUUGACAGCUGUCACUGUCAUCAGUAUUUCGGGCGAUCGGCCUCGCCAUUGCUUUUGGCGAAAACGCGAUGUUCGAAGCCGAAUAAAAAAUAAAUUAAAAAAAUGACAUUCCACAAUCUCCACUGGUGCUACGCCCCCGCCCGUAUGUAAAUAUGAGAUUUUUGUAUAUUUGUUACGUUGGUAUAUAGAACGAUGAUAAUAUAUAGGAUUGAGGAGCGCCCGGGGCCGCGCCUAAAACGAAUAUUUAAAAAGUAUAUUAUUUAUAUAAUCUAUAUUUAAAGAUGGCGCCGCACAAAUCAUAAACGACGGCUUGAACGCAUUCACGCAUUGUUACUUAAACUAUUAGAUUGUAAGGGAACUGUUUGAAAUAAAAACAGAUUAAAGCCUUGCAUUGAU